AUGCCUGACUCAGAGCUCAUCCUCUGUGCUCUUCCCUCAAUCCUAGCUCUGUUCCUCUUCCUCAUUCUCAUCACGAGAAAGAAGCAGCAGUACCAAAUCAGAGGACUCAAUCUCCCACCAGGAAACAUGGGGUGGCCUUUUCUUGGAGAAACCAUAGGCUACUUGAAGCCUUACUGUGCAACCUCUAUAGGAGAAUUCAUGGAGCAACAUAUUUCAAGGUAUGGGAAAAUUUACAAGUCCAGUUUGUUUGGGGAGCCAACUAUAGUUUCAGCUGAUGCAGGGCUGAAUAGAUUCAUACUACAAAAUGAAGGCAGAUUGUUUGAAUGUAGCUACCCAAGAAGCAUAGGAGGGAUUCUUGGAAAAUGGUCUAUGCUGGUUUUGGUCGGUGACAUGCAUAGAGAUAUGAGGACUAUAUCCCUCAACUUCUUAAGCCAUGCCAGACUCAGAACCCAUUUGCUGAGAGAAGUUGAGAAGCAUACUUUGCUUGUUUUGGGGAGCUGGAAAGAGAAUUCUGUAUUUUCAGCUCAGGAUGAAGCUAAGAAGUUCACUUUCAAUUUGAUGGCAAAACACAUCAUGAGCUUGGAUCCUGGAGAACCAGAAACAGAGCAGCUCAAGAAAUUGUAUGUAACUUUCAUGAAGGGUGUGGUUUCUGCUCCAUUGAAUUUACCAGGAACAGCUUACAGAAAAGCCUUGCAGUCUCGAUCAACCAUUCUGAAGUUCAUUGAGCGCAAAAUGGAAGAAAGGUUGAAGGAGGGAAGUGAAAACAUAGGAGAAGAUGAUCUUCUUGGGUGGGUUUUGAAGCAUUCAAAUCUUUCAAAGGAGCAAAUUCUUGACUUGAUAUUGAGCUUGCUCUUUGCUGGUCAUGAAACUUCAUCAGUCUCCAUAGCUUUAGCCAUCUACUUCUUGCCUGGCUGUCGUAAUGCAAUUGAACACUUGAGGGAAGAGCACAUUGAAAUUGUCAAAGCCAAGAAGAUAGCAGGAGAGACAGAGUUGAACUGGGACGACUACAAGAAAAUGGAAUUCACUCAAUGUGUUAUUAGUGAGACACUGAGGCUCGGAAACGUGGUGAGGUUUUUACACAGAAAGGCACUAAAAGAUGUAAGGUACAAAGGUUAUGACAUUCCAUGUGGGUGGAAAGUGCUUCCGGUGAUUGCAGCCGUGCAUUUGGAUCCUUUGCUUUUUGACCACCCUCAACACUUCAAUCCAUGGAGAUGGCAGCAGAGCAACAGCGCGCGAUCUUCUUCAUCAUCAAAAUCUUAUUCGAGCAUGACAAGUAGCAACUUUAUGCCAUUUGGGGGAGGACCACGGCUUUGCGCCGGAUCAGAAUUGGCCAAGCUAGAAAUGGCUGUGUUCAUCCACCACCUGGUCCUCAACUACCAGUGGGACUUGGCCAAUUUGGAUGACCAAGCUUUCGCAUUCCCUUUUGUUGACUUCCAGAAAGGACUACAGAUCAGAGCUCGACGCCAAACAAACUUCAUGUAAUCAAAAUCACCAAACACCAUGCACACAUUAUCCCCAUGGAAGCUUCAAAGAACUCAUCAUCAUCAUCAUCCUCUAAUCUCAUGCG